AUGGAGGCGAAAGCUGAGUUGGCCGAAUUAAUCACGGAAAUCUCGACAUAUCUGAUUGAACCAUUUGCAGCACUUAUCCGGAAGUUCAAGAGUGUGAUAUUCGUGCCUACGAGCUAUCUUAAUAUAUUCCCGCUAGCGGCCUUGACUUUGGACGGCAAACCUUUGAUUUUGGAGAAAUCAGUCUAUCAAGUUCCCAGCCUAUCGGUUCUUCGACAACUUCACAAAAAGAUUGACCGGUUUCAGGGACCCGCUUCCAUCUCUGUGCUUGCUAACUCAGGUGGGCAAGGAAAGGGGAAUCUUCCAUUUGUCGGCCCCGAAGUAGCUUCUAUUUGCAAAUCUAUGGCCACCAAGCCAGUCAACUAUACUACCCUCACUCAAGACAAACUAUUUUCCAUCCUUGAGACCUCCGACAUUGCUCACAUCUCCUGUCAUGGAGAUGAAGUCUUUUCCUCUCCUUGGGAAAACGUCCUACAUAUCAAAGAGCCCUUGAAGGUUGUCGAGCUCGCGAAAGCAAACAGUAAAGCUGCCAUUAUCGUAUUCUGUGCCUGUUUAAGUGGCAGAGGUCAAAUCAACUCAGGAGACGACAUUCUUGGAUUCGCACAUGUCGUGCUUCAGUCCGGUGGCCUGGCUUUCAUUGGCGGAUUGUGGGAGGUGGAUGACAAGGCAGCCAUGUUGUUAAUGCAUCUUUUUUACCAGGAAAUUGCAGCGCGACGUAUCGCGGCGGCGGCGGAGACCAGUGGUGUAUCCCUUGCAGGCUGUUGGCAAGAAGCAGUCCGCAAAUUCUAUUUCCUCGAUAAUCAGAGCGCGAGGGAGAUUGUCGAGCAACUAAUAACAGUAUGGGCGAAGGCGCGGGAAGAGGGCAUCAGGCCCGAAGGAGAAUUCACGUAUUCAAGAUUUCAUCUGGAGAAACUAAAGGAGUCUUUUCUACUGCUGGACUGGCCAUAA